AAAAAUUAAGACACUGCUUUUGUUAUAGCUCAGCUGCUUCUGCAAAGUGCAAAAUCUCUAACAAUGGCGGCGCUGCUUGGGCACAUUCUGAAGACACAAAAGAACUCUUCAUUCAUUCGCAGUGUUACCAGAAGAACCAUUGACACUAGCUUCUUCUCUUCAUUGCAUGAACCAACGUUCAAAAUCACUCCUUUGUCUCAAGUGAGGUUGCUAGGAUCUUGCACAGAAGGUGUUUGUGGAUUUGACGAGAUGGUGACGGGGAAGGAGAGGAAGUAUUACAUGCUUGGUGGGAAAGGGGGUGUGGGAAAAACAAGCUGUGCUGCCUCCCUUGCAGUGAGAUUUGCAAAUCAUGGGCACCCCACUAUGGUGGUUUCAACUGACCCUGCUCACUCCUUAAGCGAUUCUUUUGCUCAGGAUUUGACAGGUGGUAGGCUUGUUCCGGUUGAAGGAGUGGAGUCACCAUUAUAUGCUCUCGAGAUAAACCCUGAGAAAUCUAUGGAAGAGUUCCGAGCAGCUAGUCAAAAACUGGGUGAUGGCAUGGGUGUAAAGUCUUUAAUGCAAAGCAUGGGACUUGGAAUGAUUGCUGACCAGGAUAUCAGAUCGUGUGCUCGGAUGAUUUUUCCUGAUUUUGUUGCUUUGUUCCAGGUGAUGCAAUUUCUUGAGUCACAAGAGUAUAAUAUGUUCAGUCGAAUAGUUUUUGAUACAGCACCAACAGGUCAUACACUUCGGCUACUGUCACUGCCCGACUUCAUGGAUGGAUCUGUAGGCAAACUAAUGAAGUUGAAGAAAAAAAUGGGUUCGGCCUUCAAAUCUUUGCUUGGGAAAGAACCUCAAAAUGAUGGUCCGGACAAGCUUGAAAAACUUAAGGAAAGAGUAGAAAAAAUACGGGAUCUCUUCCAAGAUUCAGACACUACUGAAUUCAUAAUAGUCACGAUUCCUACGGUUAUGGCAAUCAGUGAAUCCUCAAGGUUACAUGCAUCCUUGAAGAAGGAAAAAAUUUCUGUUAAAAGGCUUAUUGUUAAUCAGGUCUUGCCUCCUACAUCAGACUGCAAGUUUUGUUCAAUGAGAAGAAAGGAUCAAAUGCGCGCAAUUGAAAUGAUCCACAAUGAUUCAGAACUUUGUGGUUUGAGAUUAUGCCAGGCACCCUUAGUUGAUAUGGAGAUAAGGGGUGUCCCGGCUCUCAAAUACAUGGGGGAUAAGCUUUGGAGGUAAAAACUUACAUGAUCGAAAAUAGAUACGAGUCGAGGACUUUUAGAAUGUCUUUAGCAACUUCUCUAGAAUUAUUUUUGCUUUAUUUAAAGAAUCUAAUAGGUUCUUUCGAAUGCUUAAUGUUUGUAUAACUUUGUUUUGGCUCCUUUAACUACGUGCCGAUGUAUUGUUUACAGAACUAGCAAUUCAUGCGAGCAUUUAUUGAAGGAAUUGAAAGAAUACAUAA